UAAAGAAAAUGGAAUAUUGACCGUUCAUUUUUUUCCCCUUUUUUUAAUUUCACAAAACCUCUUUGAUGUGCUUCAUGAGCGCAGAGCCACAGAGAGGGGCUUCACAAAACAAACUCUAAACCCUCCCUCUCUUGCUUCUUUCUUUCUCAACCAUCAAACCCAUUUCCCAUUCGCUUUUUAUAUUCCAACAAUGGGAAAACGCAAACGAAUUUCUCAUCACUCUCACCCCCAAUCCGAUCCUCACAACCCUUCUCCUUCUUCAACCGAAGCCAUUCUCCACUCUUCUAACAUGGAACUAUUGUCAGAUGAGAAACCUUCACAUUCAGGCAACUCUAGUGCACCCCCUAUGCAACCCGGACUGGAUAUGAUAGAUGGAUCUAUGAAGCUACUGAAUACCCAUCCAACUAUGCCGCAUCAUCAUCAUCAGGGUCUUGGCCGUUCAAUAUUUUUGAAGCGUUCAAGACAUUACUAUGGUCACCAGUAUUCACGACGCAACUCUGCCAAUCAUGCCAAUGCAUCGUCUUCUCGUGGCAAGGGUGUUUCUUCGUAUGAUGAUAGACUUCCUUUUAAGUUGGCUUAUCAACCCAACUCACAAUCGAGACAGCUUGUUGAAUACAGAGAGAAGACAUUUUCCAGACCGGAGAGAAUCCGGUCAAGUUCAAUAGCAAUGGAUGCAGUAUCCCCCGAUGCCGUGAAGACGGUUUGUGCGAUUUGUCAGAAGCCACUGAGGCGGAAAUUUAAUCUUCUCGGAGGUUCACUUUCUUGCUGUGAACUCUCUGUUGUGGCCGUUUUAGUAUGCGGUCACAUUUAUCAUGCGGAUUGUCUGGAGCAGAGAACUUGUAUUGAAGAAAUACGGGACCCCUCAUGUCCUGUGUGUUUAGGUCUACUUCUGCAGGUUAAAGGACAGUAAUAUUUUCCAAGGGGAUGAAUGUUACAACAUGAAGUUGAACAUGUGCAACUAAUGAUGAAGGGUUUUUUUGGAAGAUAACAAAAUGGAAGACCAUGAGCUCAGCUUGGAUAAUAUGUUGGAGACUAUUAGUAUCAGUCAACAGAAUCUCUGGUUAAUCUUGUAGGGUUUGAGCAUAGGGAGAGAUUGUGUAACUUAUUUUAUACUCUUAAUAGUUAUCACUUAUCAAUAGAUGCAUAGGGUAUCAUAAUAAUAGUAUGUAACAACUUAAAAGCUUAACUUAUCUGAGUGAUGGAUGACAUAUAGAUUCUAGUAGCUGUAAAUGUUUCAUGAUUUCAAAUUUUAAAUGACCAUACUAA